UAUUUCGGAGGAAACUCAGUCAUCUUACGAGACAAACAAUAAUUCUACGGUUUAUUUGAUAUAUCAAUACAACUUCUACUUACAUACUGUAAAGAUAGACUUCAAAGCAGAUUUUUGCUUGAACAAAAGAAGAGAAGAAGAAAAGAAGAGAAGAAUACACAAUGGUGUCCAGGAUUUUGUGCUUAACCAUGGUGUUCGGGAUGGCUCUUGGUGCCACCUUCAUCGGCAGACCUCCGGUCAAACCUCAGGAACUAUCACACAAGGAGGGGUGCUAUGUGAGUGAAAUAAACGAUGUACUGCCUUUCGGAGAAGAAAUCACCCCCCCCGGACAAUGCUACAGGAUAGAGUGUGAUAAAGGCAUCCUAUCUUAUGCAUCAUGCGGCUAUGUCUAUACGGAAGAUCCUAACUGCUACAUCACCAAGGGAGACUUAAGAAGACCGUACCCCGAUUGCUGUCCAGACGUCAGAUGUGAAAUCGAAAACAGCAUAUUGUUCUACUAAUAAGCCUAGGUUAGAAAGGGUAUAAGUCACAUUGCUGGCUAACAAACGGGAGAACAGAGCCAAUCGAUUUUGCUAAUGUAUUACAAGUUCGCUUACACUAAUAACUUUUCAAUAUGGUUUUAGUGUAGUCUUGGAAUAACCAACCAACGCGUGUCAAACGCGUUCUGAAAAUCUAAAUGGUUAAAACUAGAAAUAUCUGUCGUUUGGCUGUACGUAUCUUGCUGUUUUAUAUAAUUUUGACUGGAUUAAAUAAUUACAGAACGACUUGUUGAGAAAGAAUAACCUGAGUUUUCUCAAAGUUUCAAUUUAAUUUUUUUUUUGGUGUUUUGUUUAACAGUUUUUCGUUACUCGAUCUCAAACUUGUAAAUGUCUGCUACUAACACUUUUGUAAAUGUUGUAAAUACAUAAUUUUGACUAGUUUUAGUGUAUUAAUGUCGACUGUAGCUUAUACUCUAAUUUAUUUAUAGUUCCUUUAGUAAGUUGAAAGUUUUCAACUUUAGAAGCUAUCUUGCCACCAAAUUGUUAUAAUAAUUUAUUUAAUUAAAUUAAUCUUAUUUUUUA